ACAGUUCCCAUAUAUAUGCCGUCCGUGCACCACGUGACUUCCUUUCCGGUCUAACCUGACAACAUGGACGCCAGCCGCGUGCAGCCGAUCAAGCUUGCAAGAGUCACCAAGGUGCUCGGAAGAACUGGUUCCCAGGGACAAUGUACACAGGUCCGUGUUGAGUUCAUGGACGACAGCAACCGCUCCAUCAUCAGGAAUGUGAAGGGCCCAGUCAGAGAGGGAGAUGUUCUGACACUUCUGGAGUCUGAAAGAGAAGCCAGGAGGCUGCGAUAGUGCCCACUGGAACUUUGAGGUGCCAAUCCAACACUGGGGAGCAGUGGACGCCAUCAGUUCAGCAUUCGCAGUGGAUUACGUCUCACUUUUUCAGAUGUUUUGAAAUAAAUUUGGGUAUUGAGAUGAA